AGCAGGAUGGCAGAGAAGGGUAUGGAUCCCGCGUGUGUCUCCAUCGCCCUGGAGGACACAGUGUGCCACGCCAGCCCCCCAGAUGCCCCGCUCCUCACCACCCAUUUGAAGAAGGUAGAGAACCACAUCACAGAGGCCCAGAGGUUUUCCCACCUCCCGAAGCGCUCGGCUGUCAACAUUGAGUUCAUCGACCUGUCCUACUCCGUGCGUGAAGGCUCCUGGUGGAGGAAGAGGGGGUACAAGACUCUCCUCAAAUGCCUGUCAGGGAAGUUCUGCCAGCGGGAGCUCAUUGGGAUCAUGGGGCCCUCGGGUGCUGGGAAGUCUACACUCAUGAACAUCCUGGCUGGCUACAGGGAGACUGGUAUGAAGGGGCAGAUCCUGGUGAACGGCCGGCCGCGGGACCUGCGUACUUUCCGCAAGAUGUCCUGCUACAUCAUGCAGGAUGAUAUGCUCCUGCCACACCUCACCGUGCUGGAGGCUAUGAUGGUCUCUGCUAACCUGAAACUCAGUGAAAAGCAGGAGGUGAAGAAGGAGCUGGUGAACGAGAUCCUGACGGCCCUGGGGCUGCUGGAGUGCUCCUACACCCGCACAAUCUCGCUGUCAGGGGGGCAGCGCAAGCGCCUGGCUAUUGCCCUGGAGCUGGUGAACAACCCUCCCGUCAUGUUCUUCGAUGAGCCCACGAGUGGUCUGGACAGUGCUUCCUGCUUCCAAGUGGUUUCCCUGAUGCGGUCCCUGGCACAGGGUGGGCGCACCAUCAUCUGCACCAUCCACCAGCCCAGCGCCAAGCUCUUUGAGAUGUUUGACAAGCUGUACAUCCUGAGCCAGGGCCAGUGCAUCUUCAAAGGCGUUGUGACCAACCUCAUCCCCUACCUGAAGGGUCUUGGCCUCCACUGCCCAACAUACCACAACCCUGCUGAUUUCAUUAUCGAGGUGGCCUCAGGAGAGUACGGGGACCUCAACCCUGUCCUGUUCCGCGCCGUCCAGAACGGCAUGUGCACUAUGGCCGAGAAGAAGAGCAGCCCUGACAAGGCAGAUCCAUCAUGCCCAGCACACUGUGUGACGGAUGCGGACCACAUCGAGAGCCACACGUUUGCCACCAGCACUGCAACCCAGUUCUGCAUCCUCUUCAAGAGAACGUUUAUCUGCAUCCUAAGGGACACGGUGCUGACCCACCUGCGGUUCAUGUCCCACAUCUGCAUUGGGGUGCUGAUCGGGCUGCUCUACCUGCAUAUUGGCAACGAUGCGGGCAAAGUCUUCAACAACACUGGCUUUCUCUUCUUCUCCAUGCUCUUCCUUAUGUUUGCUGCGCUGAUGCCCACUAUCCUCACCUUCCCCCAGGAGAUGACUGUAUUCCUGCGGGAGCACUUGAACUACUGGUACAGCCUGAAAGCCUAUUAUCUGGCAAAGACCAUGGCAGAUGUGCCCUUCCAGGUGAUCUGCCCUAUCGCAUACUGCAGCAUUGUGUACUGGAUGACAGGCCAGCCGCCUGAAGCCACACGCUUCCUUCUCUUCUCUGCCCUGGCCACUGCCACAGCCCUGGUGGCCCAGUCCCUUGGGCUUCUCAUCGGAGCUGCUUCCACUUCGCUACAGGUGGCCACCUUUGUGGGACCUGUCACUGCCAUCCCUGUCCUGCUCUUCUCGGGCUUCUUCGUCAGCUUCAAGACCAUCCCCACCUACCUGCAGUGGAGUUCCUACGUCUCCUAUGUCAGGUAUGGCUUCGAGGGUGUCAUUCUCACCAUCUAUGCCAUGGAGCGCGAGGACCUGGAGUGCCUCGAGGACUUCUGCCCUUUCCAAAAACCCAUCAAGAUCCUGCAGGAGCUGGAUGUGGAGGAGGCGAAGCUGUACCUGGACUUCCUCAUCCUGGGCAUCUUCUUCAUCAUCCUGCGGCUCCUGGCUUACCUGGUGCUCAGGUACAAAGUCAAGUCAGAGAGAUAA